UGCCCAUAUCCGCCAGAGCAGCUGCUAGCUCCGUUAGCCUCCGUGCACAGUUAGCAAGUAGCUCCGAAGUCUUAGCUCAUUUUCUACACAUGAGAGGGAGUGAGCGGGACGGGUGGAGCCCGAGUGACAGCGUGAGAGUCGAGGCUGUUUGAGCGCCUGUUCGGCCGUCCAGAAGCAACUCCCGUGUUUGUGUACAUAAACCCACCUCUCCUACUUCCUACCAGCAGCAGCGUGUCUGUAACUGCUUGCGUCAGGUUAGCAGGAAGGGAAUCAAACCUAUAAACAAGUGUUUACAUUCGGUCCACUUCCUUGGCAACGGAUUCACAGCAUUUACUGAUAACCACCAAGGCGCCAGCAUGAUGUUCCAGUUUGCCGUCGUCCGAGGCGGCCUCGGCCUGCUGGCCGUCAGGAGGGCGGUCGUCCUCUCCCGGUCGGCCCACUCUGCCCCGCAGCCCCAAUACACGCCCAUCAAGAAGGUCAUGGUGGCCAACAGAGGUGAAAUAGCGAUCCGAGUGUUCAGAGCCUGCACGGAGCUGGGGAUUCGCACCGUGGCUGUUUACUCCGAGCAGGACACCGGACAGAUGCACAGGCAGAAAGCCGACGAGGCUUACCUGAUUGGGAAAGGACUGCCACCUGUCGCUGCGUACCUGCACAUUCCAGACAUCAUUAAAGUCGCCAAGGACAACAACGUGGACGCCAUUCACCCCGGCUAUGGGUUCCUCUCGGAGCGGUCGGACUUUGCUCAGGCCUGUGUGGAUGCAGGAGUGAGGUUUGUCGGACCGAGCCCGGAAACGGUCCGCAAGAUGGGCGACAAGGUGGAGGCUCGCUCCCUGGCCAUCAGCGCAGGUGUGCCAGUGGUCCCGGGAACAGAUUCUCCCAUCGCCAGUCUGCAGGAGGCGCAGGUGUUUGCCCAAACGUACGGCUUCCCCAUCAUCUUCAAAGCAGCUUACGGAGGAGGCGGUCGAGGCAUGAGAGUGGUCCGGGAGUACGAGGAACUCGAGGAGAACUACCAGCGGGCGUACUCCGAGGCCCUGACGGCUUUUGGGAACGGAGCCCUGUUUGUAGAGAAGUUCAUCGAAAAGCCAAGACACAUUGAAGUUCAGAUCCUUGGUGAUAAAUACGGGAACGUCAUCCAUCUGUACGAGAGGGACUGCUCCAUUCAGAGACGACACCAGAAGGUUGUGGAGAUUGCACCUGCCUUCCAGUUGGACCCUCACCUGAGAGACAGACUUCACUCUGAUGCCGUUAACCUCGCCAAGCAGGUGGGAUACGAGAACGCAGGGACCGUGGAGUUCUUGGUGGACAAACACGGGAAACACUACUUCAUUGAAGUCAACUCCCGGCUCCAAGUCGAGCACACGGUCACUGAGGAAAUCACUGAUGUGGACCUGGUGCAUGCCCAGCUGCACGUGUGCGAGGGCCGCAGCCUGACAGAACUCGGCCUCAAACAAGACAAGAUCAGGGUGAACGGCUGCGCCAUCCAGUGCAGAGUGACGACCGAAGACCCAGCCCGAGGCUUCCAGCCAGACACUGGAAGGAUUGAGGUCUUCCGAAGCGGUGAAGGUAUGGGGAUCCGUCUGGACAGCGCGUCCGCCUUCCAGGGUGCCGUCAUCUCACCUCACUAUGACUCGCUGCUUGUUAAAGUCAUCGCCAGCGGAAAGGACCUGCACACGGCCGCAUCCAAAAUGAGCCGAGCCCUGGCGGAGUUCAGAGUGCGAGGGGUCAAGACCAACAUCCCGUUCCUCCAGAACGUCUUUUCCAACAAUCAGUUCCUGCACUCCACCGUGGACACCCAGUUCAUUGACGAGAACCCCGAGCUCUUCAACCUGAAGCCCACUCAAAACAGAGCACAAAAACUGCUGCACUACCUCGGUCAUGUGAUGGUUAAUGGACCAACCACACCCAUCCCAGUGAAGGCUAAGCCCUCGUCCAUAGACCCUGUUGUCCCUUCUGUCACUGUGGGUGACCCACCUGUGGGUUUUCGUGACGUGUUGCUGCGGGACGGCCCUGAGGGGUUCGCCAAAGCUGUGCGAGCUCACCAGGGUCUGCUGCUGAUGGACACCACCUUCAGGGACGCCCACCAGUCCCUCCUGGCCACGAGGGUUCGAACCCACGACCUGAAGAUGAUCUCUCCGUUCGUCAGCCACAACUUCAAAAACCUGUUCAGCCUGGAGAACUGGGGAGGUGCUACUUUCGACGUGGCCAUGCGGUUCUUGUCCGAAUGUCCGUGGAAGAGACUCCAGGAGCUGAGAGCUUUGAUCCCGAACGUCCCGUUCCAGAUGCUGCUGAGAGGGGCCAACGCUGUGGGCUACACCAACUACCCCGAUAACGCCGUCUACAAGUUCUGCGAGGUGGCCAAAGAGAACGGCAUGGACAUUUUCCGAGUGUUUGACUCCCUGAACUACGUGCCCAACAUGCUGCUGGGGAUGGAAGCCGCCGGAGCGGCGGGUGGCGUCGUCGAGGCCGCCAUCUCGUACACCGGCGACGUCUCCGACCCAAUGAGGCAGAAAUAUUCCCUGGAUUACUACCUGAAACUGGCCGACGAGCUCGUCAAAGCUGGGACCCACAUCCUCUGUAUCAAGGAUAUGGCCGGCCUGCUGAAGCCCCAGUCCAGCAAGCUGCUGGUCAGCGCUCUGAGGGACCGUUUCCCAGAUGUGCCCAUUCACGUGCACACGCACGACACAGCCGGAGCAGGUGUGGCGGCCAUGUUGGCCUGUGCUGAAGCUGGAGCUGAUGUUGUUGAUGUGGCGGUUGACUCAAUGGCCGGAAUGACGUCUCAGCCCAGCAUGGGGGCCAUCGUUGCCUGUACCAAGGGGACCAAGUACGACACCGGCAUCACUCUGGAGAACGUGUACGACUACAGUGAAUACUGGGAGGUAACCAGAGGCUUGUACGCUCCCUUCGACUGCACCGCCACCAUGAAGUCAGGCAACGCUGACGUGUACGAGAACGAGAUACCAGGAGGACAGUACACCAACCUGCACUUCCAGGCUCACAGCAUGGGGCUGGGAAACAAGUUCAAGGAGGUGAAGAAGGCUUACGUGGAAGCUAACAAACUACUGGGAGACCUCAUUAAGGUGACUCCAUCCUCUAAGAUUGUGGGGGAUCUGGCUCAGUUCAUGGUGCAGAACAACCUGACCAGAGCAGAGGUGGAGGAGAGGGCAGACGAGUUGUCCUUCCCGCAGUCCGUGGUUGAAUUCCUACAGGGAUACAUCGGAAUACCGCAUGGAGGAUUCCCCGAGCCCUUCAGAUCCAAGGUGCUGAAGUCCCUCCCGUGUAUCGAGGGUCGCCCCGGAGCCUCCCUGCCUCCGAUGGAUUUCCAGUCUCUGGAGGAGCAGCUUCGGACCACUCAUGGUAAUGACAUCACCCCUGAGGACGUGAUGUCGGCCGCCAUGUACCCCAAAGUGUUCCAGGAGUUCAAGGAGUUCACUUCUAACUUUGGUCCGGUGGACUGUCUCAGCACCAGACUGUUCCUGGAUGGACCCAAGAUCGCAGAAGAGUUUGAGGUGGAGCUGGAACGAGGGAAGAUCCUCCACAUCAAGGCCCUGGCUCUGGGGGACCUGAACAAGGCCGGUCAGAGAGAGGUCUUCUUCGAGCUGAACGGCCAGCUGAGAUCAGUUCUGGUUAAAGACACCGUGGCCAUGAAGGAAAUGAAGUUCCAUCCCAAGGCUCAGAAGUCCAUCAAGGGUCAGGUGGGGGCGCCGAUGCCCGGAAAAGUCCUGGAGGUCAAAGUCAAAGUUGGCUCCAAGGUGGAGAAGGGUCAGCCUCUCUGCGUCCUCUCAGCCAUGAAGAUGGAGACGGUGGUCAACUCCCCGAUGAGCGGGACCAUCAAGGCCAUCCACGUGGAGCCCGACUCCUCCCUGGAGGGAGACGACCUGAUACUGGAAAUCGAAGAGUGAAGUGAGAAGAUGGUGGGGGGGUGGGGGGGAGGAG